GAUGAUUCCUCAUUUAAAUCUGACCAACUUCGACUUUCGGGAGUAAAUCGGCUGGAAAGUUCACAACAUGAAUUAAAAGCUCCAUUCGAUGCAACUAGCAAUGGUAGUGACGAUUCAGAUUUUGAAUUCAACGAAGAAGAAUUAGAUAUAGAUGUUUUAAUAAACGAAGACAAUGAACUCGAUUCUACAAUGAAAGAUGAUCGGUUUAUUGAAGAUCAAGGCAAGGAUACUAUUGAAGGAAACUCAACUACACUUGACUUCUUAAAGGGAAUUGGUUUUCCACUUAAAUCCAUGCAAGGAAAUAACAGUACCUUGACAGGGAAUGACUCGAGUAAUAAACUGGACUCAAGAUAUUUUGCCGCAGCGAGCGUUCAAUCUCAAUUAUCGAUCAAUGACACAAAUACCUGUAAUGAAGAUAGUUUGAGAUAUUCUGUCAAUAAUAGGAAUGAAAAUGCACAGAGUACUGAUAUGGCGUCGUUGGAUGACAAGUUUCUUCCGCCACGAACCUCUACAUGUGACCAACCAUUUAAUAAUUGGGAGAACAUGGCUUCCCCCUUGGACUUCUCAACCCAUGAAUUUGUGGAGGAUUUUGAAUUACAACAACCAAUGCUUGAAGAAGAAGAAUUUCACUCCAACUCAUCAGGUGACGCUCUUGCAAUGUUUGAAAAAGAUGAAGAAAUGGUGAAGAAAGAACAUGAAUUUUCCAUCGCUGAGGACUUUGUUGCGAAAGAUACAAGCAACUUGGAUUUUUCAACUUUUCGAACUUCUAUGAUGACAGUUGAUCAAGAGGAAGAAGCGGGAAAAGUUUCAAUUGGAAGAUACAUGGCUGAAAGAUCAGGAAAACUUGGCCACUUGGAUGGCAAAUAUAAAUCUGAACGACCGAGUUUUGGUCUCAAAGUUCGAACCCCGUCUCCACAGAAACCAUACACUCUAGUGUGUCCGGACAAUGCUUCAGCAUCGAUUCCUCGAAAUGACCAUACUACAACAGUUGCAGACGACAGUCUACCAUCAUCAGCAUACAGUGAUACCAUGUUAUCUAAGAUGGCAUUGGAUGACACUGUAGAUCAAUCUAUGAUGAAAAGUUUAUCGAACGCGAUAUCCAACAUUUCAACUAAUAUGAAUAACGAGGACUUGGCAAAGUUUAUUGUCGCACUGUCUAACAAGAAGAUAGAAAAAGACAAAGGGAAAAAUAAACAAACAUUCAUAGCGGAAGUAAAACCUGACAGAUCAACUUUAGUUGGAGCCACAGUGGAAAGUUUAAAAGCAGAGGAAAAUGGAAACACUACAACACUUGCGGAUAAAUCAAAAGAUUUGGGCAACACUGCUACGUCUUUUGAUUCUGUAAAAGAGAAAUCAGCCAUGGUGUUUAAGAAUGAAACUGAUCCAAAUACACCAAGAUUUUCUGAAGCAGAUGAAUUACCUUCGUGGAGUGAAAAUGAAACUUUAUUAUCACCUGACUCCAUUGCAAGCAAACUUCUUUCAUCUACAAGACUUAAUCUUUCACUGGCGCGAGGAUCGCUCAGCAGGGAGAGCAUCGAGGAACUGCAUAAGAAACUUCGCGGUAAUAUUCCGAGUUUAAAAGAGAUGGACAUGAAAAAUUGGAAGUUACCGGAUGUGGUUACCACCCAAAGUAGUGGAGCAUCAAGUGGGGAUGAUAAAAAGUUAAGCAAGAGCAAAAAGGACCCACUUCAUGAGGGGAAAUCCCUCCUAGCCCCACUAUCUGAAUCCUCACCCGACGAACCCCGGAAAGAGGGUAAAUACGACGAUAUGAGGUUGUCGUCCAUGUUUCACCCUCUUCACCCUUCAACAAGUUUCAUGGAGAUGCCAACUAUAGAUGAAGAUGGAAUGGCGGGGAAACAGUUAGAAAACACAAUGGUUGGGGAUGGGAAGAAACAAGUUGACGAAACAAAACACGAUUUAUCAACUUUGUCUUCUGUGGAACACGCACCUAAAGCAUCAAGCACACACGCACAUGAGAGCGAUUUUCAAAGUGACAAGUCCUCAUUAAAUACAAGAUCUAGCGUCGUUCGAACUCGACUCAGUGAGGACAUCGUGUGUCCACCACAUUAUGCCUCGUUACCAGCGGGAAUCGGAAAUUAUGAUUUCUACCAACGUCAACACUUGAUGGGGCUACAGCCAAUGCCACCUCAUCAGUUUGGCCAAACUUUUAACCCUGAUGCUCGAGGUUUCGAUUCGACAGUUUUCAGCACAAGAUCCGUUGGGUAUCCCCCCAUUUACCCACAAGCAUUGAUGGCGGGUAGGGUCUCAGGGGGUUACCCUCCCCAAGAGAUUUAUUACGAAGGUUCUUCUGUGAGCGUACAACCUGAACUAACACAUGAUAAGAAGUUAUGCACGAGUGUUCCAAUGAAAAUGAUGAUUCCUGUCAAAAAUAAUUCUCCACGAUGGAUCCAGGUGGAGUUACGAACUAUUAGCGUUGCUCUAAACAACCGAACCAUUUUAUCCGGGCAAGAUAAUUUUGUUUCGUUGAAACGAAAGCAUGUGAUUGGUCCCCAUGCACUUGAGCAUUGUGAUGUCACAUUGACAAGUAACGACCCGGGACAUUGUCAUGUGGUUGUUGAGAUAUUAAGUCACCUGAUAUCGGUGGAGGGGAUUACCCCACAUGACCCCCGAUGUUCCGUAUCACCCAUACAUAUUCACGCCGACGUCGAAUUUCCGAAAGUUAGUGUUUUUGCUUCGCCCGAAAUUCCCACUGCUUGCCAGAAGAAAGAAGCGAUUGAUUUUGGAGAAAUAGUUUGUGGGUCUACCAAAGCUGUUCCACUCAGAAUUUUAAAUCAAGGAAAAUGUGAAGUUCCUAUCCGAGCUAUUCUCUUCACUAAUUCUCACGAGCGCUCUUGUUUUUCUCUUUCUUUAUCCUCAACAUCCUCCUCCAAGCAAGAAAGCUCCAGUACAUUAGCUGUGCUACGAUUGGUUCUUCCAGUAAGUGAUCAACCAAUCACAAUCUGGAUUCAUUUUCAAUCACCCAUGAAGCAAUUUGCUACAGGUGACCUUCCAGAAAAGGUUAAAGGUCGUAUUGAGGUCACACUGGACGUUCCUGUACAAUCAGGUCAAAGUUCACAGAGUCAAACGUCGUUAGAUGCUAUUAAUUUACAAGCAUUGGUUGGGGUGGGCAAAUUACAUGCUUCAAGUCGACCGCAUCUAUUUGUUUUCAAAGCUCCGCCAGGCGGCAACCAGAUGCAGAAGUUUCCCGUCAAAAACGCUGGCAAUAUUUCCGUUCAAGUCUCGUUCUCGCUCCAAGAAAAUCAAAAUCUUUUCACAAUUCGGCCGACUAACGCAUUGCUACCACCUAGUGGUGAACUGAAUGUUUGCGUCGAGUUCCACCCACCACAAGGGGAGGCUAGAUGGGGGAAACCAUUCACUACGUUGUUAUUGAUGAUGAUUUUACCCUCUGGCCCCCAAUUCGAAGUUAAACUGACAUCAACUAUCACCCACAACCUAAACCCCACCCCCGACACGCCCACUUUAUUGACCAAUAAAACUCGGCUGAGAUGGGGAGGCGUUCUGAUUGGUUCGUCAAGCAAGCAAAAGUUGAUGCUUAGAAAAUCAAAGGUCGAUUCAGGGUCAAAGGUCACCUUAAAAUUCCGAGCUUCAAUAAAGGGGGACGAUUCAGGAAGUUUUCAGAUCGUUACAACAGAUUACGGUUGUGAGGAAUUAUGUGCACGUAGUGAUAUGGUGAUGGAACCGGGAUCGGAUAAAUCGAUUUUUGUUUCGUUUGCUCCGUGUAAAAGAAAGAUGGUGCAUGCCAAGCUUGAAAUUAAGACUCCAAUUGAUGAUCUUCCUGCAACUAAAUAUACAAUCCCUCUAACUGGAUAUGGUGGUAUGAGCCAAGUAACUCUUAAUGGGUUGAACCAAGUCGAUGAAAUUUAUGAGCUAAACCUGGAUCUUCCUUCAUUUACUUUAAGCAAUAAUGGAACAAGAUCUGCUUUUGUGAAAAUUCUUGUUUACCGUGACAAAUCCUGUCAAGAUAUAUCUGAAGAUAUAAAAUGUUCAUUUUCGUGUUUCGUUUUACAAGAAAAGCAAACGAAAAAAUUAUCAAUUGAAAACUCAAACAAUCAAAGUGGUUACAUUUGUAUAUGGCAUGGAGACGAGUUGUCGCGGCAACUAAUGAAGGGGGUGAUGGCUGAUAACCCAUCGUUAGUUAAACGUUGUAUUCCACAAUCGCUCAAGUCUCUACAAUCUGUUUCAUUCACAGAGCACUUCAUGGGAGAAGAACAAUUUCGAGAAGAAGACACCUCCAAGUUGGAACACCAUUCAUAUGAUGCUCAAUUGUUUUAUGACAAAAUAAAAUGCAUUAAAAUAAUGUGUUGCCCACCCCAAACACCUGAUGUAAUCUCCAGUGUUUCCAGCUCCAGUGUUUCCAGUUUCUCAUCACUUGAUUCAUCAGUGAAUAAACCAGAAAGAGACAUUGGCAGUUGUAGCAGUUUAAUUAAAAAAAGACCCAUCUUCACCCCUAAUUGGGAAGUGACCCCCACCCAUAUAACGGUUGAAGCCCCAACCCUAAGCGGGGUCCCCGAAGCUACGAAAGUGAAAAUCAUCAACAAGUCUCAUGCCUCCAUGUUGUUUGAUAUAAUAUGGCCCGGUCAUUACAUCACAAUCACCCCAAACCGGGGCAAAGUGGAACCCGAGUCAGUGAUGAUACUUCUUGUCUCGGCAAAUCCUUCGUUAUCCUCGCAACUCUCUCUACUGCCAUGGUGUGGCCAAGCUAUGGUGGUGUCACCUAGUGGUGACGAGUCGUGCGUGAUUCAUAUUCAGAUAAAAUCUCCCGAGUCACCGUUAACCUCACUGUCAAGCUGUGACUCAGCAUCGUCGGAUAAUUUGGUUCCCAUAGAAACACCAUGCGUACGACUCAAAAAUAACGUCAUUGAAUUUGCUGAUGUCAUCAGUGGGAAUAGCUCAAAAUCUAUUCUCGAGUUUCGUAACAUGAGUAAGAGUGACGUCAAGUGGUCAAUAACAUCGUUUGCUCCAGCUUAUGUAAAAAAUACCGACUCAUCAGGUGAUGUUUUCCGUUCCACAUACGCUGUGUUUGUUUUCUCGCAAACAUCUGGUCAGUUGGAGGUUGGGGCUCGGGUUCAAAUCCCUGUAACAUUCAACCCAAUGCAUGGAGGGUUGUAUUCGCAACACUGGGAGUUAAAGUAUCACUUUGUAUCAGAUGCGAGUGGACUGUCCUUACAACAAGAUAAGUUUCAGCUUAAUGGAAAGGUGACGCACUUGUGUGAAAAAUUGGCAGUGAAACAAAUAGAAAAAGGAAAUAGUAUGUCUCCUAAAUUGUGUCGUGGUGAUAUUUACAUUUCGAAGGAAUCGUUUCAGUUUCCUUCUGUUAAAGUUGGAGAAUCAAAAACAAUUAAAAUUCCUGUGAAAAAUAAAGGAAAGUCAGCUCAUACUGUGAAAUUCAUGAAUCUGCGGCAGCCAUUUUACAUCACACAUCAGAAACACACGAUCAGAGCAAUGCAUUGUGCUAAUUUACCCGUUACUUUCAAACCAACCAAUCAUGGAUCUUAUACGGGAACUCUUGUCGUCCAAUCGGAAGCUGCUGGUUCAAUUCAAAUAAAUAUAUCUGGUAGCACUGCUUAGUGAUGUCACAAAAGCAUCCACGAAAUGCAAUAGUUGUUUAUAGUUUUGUUUAAUAUGUUUUCUAUGAAAUAUAAUUAUCUGCAUAAUAA